AUCAAGAAGACAAAUAAAGCGCUUGAGCUAGCUAACUUAUAUAAUUUCCUUAAAGAUGGUUAUUAAGACGUAUCUUAUUGAGUUGCAAUUUCGAUCUUGACAUAUUUUUUUUAUACUUUUAGAGAUUUUUUCAGUAUUGUGAGUUCUACUGGUUUUAUGAUGAGUUUUGAAAGAACUGUGAUUCAUCUUGCUACUGCAAUGGUUGCCAAAGAGGACCCACAGAUGGGACAACUUCUUAAAACUGGUCGCAAGCAACCAACUUUAUCGUUUACUAGUAGUCAUUCUCUUUCUGCUGCUUCUUUUGAUCUCGUGCAUUCUGAUAUUUGGGGUCCAUCUUCAAUACCUACCAUGGGGAGUUCCAGUGGCUCUGAUGCAAAUACAUUUGAUGAGCUCCAUGAUGUCUCUCCACAUGCUCCACCUGGUUCUAUUGAAGAUGUUCUGCAUGCUGGUAAUGUGUUAGACAAUAUUGAGUCUUCUUCCCUUACCUCUUCUAUAUCACCUAUUGGAUCUAACCCUGUUGAUCUUGAGUCUGAAAAUGAGAUCCUUAAUCCACCUUAAAGUCGUCCUACUAGGGUGAUGAUGGACCAGCUUCAAAUGAAGUGUUUAUUGGAGCUCCUUAUUUAGUGGCUAUACUAAUGGUCUCAGUGUCUACUGCAGAGGAUUCAAUUAUUUUGCUUUCGUUUGUCUUCUAAGUGAACAUUUGAACUCUUAUUCAAUCGUAUUCAAUUAUUAUACUAUUGGUCAUUAGACUCUUGAUUGUCAAAAAAAUGACUUUCAUUUA